CACUGCAUGCACUAGCACUAGCAGAUAUGCAGUGGUCGCUUCUUCCAGCUCUUUCAGACGCUUUUUAUCCAUUUGAAAGAAAGAAAACUGCAAACUGCAUUCCACUCCGUGUUCUAAUUUAUUAAGAGGAGAAAUCCUGACAGCGAAUUAGCAAACGGAUCUUCCCACACAUGUUUGCGCCGCGCAUCAGCCUGUACGAGCUGCAGAUCCGGGACGGGCCGCUGGGGGGCGCUGUGGGCCGCCGUCAGAGGAGGAAGUACCUGAAAAAACAGCGUCAAGACUGAGCAGGGAGAGUGAGUGAGAGCGCAGGCGGCAACCCAGUUCACUUGGGCCGACAGAGAAGCGGGGUUUAAGACAAAUAAAGAUACGGCCGUCUUCGGUGUACCGUGCUAGACCCGCACCUGGGAGGCCCAGGGCUGUGCACGAGUCGCCCUUCUCCUCCUCCUCCUCCUCCUACUCCACCACCACCUCCUCUUCCUCCUCCUCCUCCUGCCUGGAGACGGACGGGUGCAGGUUGGAGCAGAAAUAGGACUUAGCCGUGGCUGUCGGGGAGAGAGCGGUCAACUGGCGGAGAAGACGGGCGUCUUAAAAAAAAAAAAUUACCCCCAAAAAGCACACGCGCAAGGCAGGAGCAGGAAGAUGGCGGAGAGCGCAGGGGAAGAGGCGUCGGGGAUCGGGGUGACCGGGUCGACACACUCGGGCGGCGGAGCCCAGUUCUCGCCCGGUUCCGGGAACUCGGUACCGGGGGACCCGAGUGGCGCCGCCCCGGACUCCGUGCCCUCGGCCGCGGCCGCCCCUGAGACCGUCCCCCCUGUCUCGACUCCGGACAUCCCCUCCCUGCCCGCCUCGGCCAUCGGCGUCCUGGGCACCGCGGUGGGCACAGCCAUCUUAGCCCCGUCCCCCGGCCUCGGCCCCGCGGCUCCGGCCAUGGUCGGCACCGCCGUGCUGUCCCCCAGCAUCGGUCUCGGGGUCACCGGCACCCCGAACCUGGCCGGGGCGGGGCUGCUGUCUCAGAUCCACUCGACCUUCUGGGAUCCGACAGUCAGCAGCGACUGGGACAGCGAGAAGCCGUCCCAGCAGUGCAUCCUGCGGAUCAAAAGAGAUAUAAUGUCCAUCUACAAGGAGCCCCCGCCAGGCAUGUUUGUGGUGCCGGACCCCCACGACAUGACCAAGAUCCACGCGCUCAUCACCGGCCCCUUCGACACGCCCUACGAGGGGGGGUUUUUCCUCUUCCUGUUCCGCUGCCCCCCCGACUACCCCAUCCACCCCCCCCGGGUGAAGCUCAUCACCACCGGCAACAACACGGUGCGCUUCAACCCCAACUUCUACCGCAACGGCAAAGUCUGCCUCAGCAUCCUGGGGACUUGGACCGGCCCAGCCUGGAGCCCAGCCCAGAGCAUCUCCUCGCCAGCAGAACUCUUCAACCUUGACACCUCUGUCACGUAG